AUGGAUGAGACGUCCGUCAAGAACCUAGCAAUUUUGUCGAGCGAUGCGACAGCUGUCACCUGUGACGGAAGUGCUGAACGACACGCGUAUUCUCGCGCCGCGGCGUUCGGCGGUCUUUGCGAUGUCGGACCGCUACCGGGGUCGCAAGGUGAAUCGUUUGCGUCGCUAAGUGAGUUGGUCCAGUUCUAUAUUGACAAUCCAGAACAGCUUCAAGAAAGAAAUGGAGAGUCCAUCAUUAUGAAGCGACCUAUCUCUAUUCCAUUGUUUGAGCCAGCGGCGCAGGAAGCUCGCGCUCCAGCUUCACAACGUUGGUUCCAUGCUAAUAUCACGGGUACUGAAGCAGUUGAAUUACUAACGAAGGAAAAACAAUGGACGUAUUUGGUCAGGUGA